GUGUAUAUCACAUGGGAGAUCCACGCGGAAGUAGCAGCGCAAUGGAGGGUAAUAUGAGUUGUAAAGACGAAGACCUGUCCAUAAUGACAGAGCUUUUUAACUGUUUGACAGAAGCGUACAGAUGCUUUCUUGCGGGAUCGUACCCCCCCCAAAAUGCUGCCGAUGUAGCGAGCGUAAUAUAUUCGGGAUUAUGUGGACCUGUCCACGGUAAAGACAGACAAGGUUCCCCCUCAGAGUACUGCGGUGAAAAGAAUGCGGAGCUGACCUGCAUGUGCAUGUCUUUCCUCGAGAGGGUUUCUUCCAAUCUGACGUCUCAGGGGCUGCAUCCAGACAUUAAGUUUUAUUAUGCGGAGGUCCUAAAAGUAUUGCUUGAAGACAUGGAUCUCAUCACGCACCUUGUAAACCGGUUCCAAGCCGAGGACCACAUUAUCUCACAUCUGGCUGCAAAGACAGCAUCAAAGUGUGUUUUUUACCUUAUCUGCAAAUCUGGAGUUAUCAGUCCUGUCUGGCAGAGGAAAUGUGAACAAGCAUUUCAGAACCCAUGGCCUGGUGCUGAAUUAGAUGCCUGUUUGUGGUCACUGACUGAAGUCUCCAAAAAACUUCUUAAAGGAGCUCAUCGAGAGCUUAUGACACUUCUGGCAGGUUUUGACCUCAGUCUAAGUGUUCUAUGUUCAAAACUGCUCCCUGAAGAGAAGAAACACAUGUCACAGCAUUUAGUGGAUUUUACCAGAAGCACACACUGGGGAACAUCAUUAUGUCUACUGCUAGACCUGCUUGAGGUGCUGACUUCUUCUAGUUUGGUAUGUGGAGCUGGUGUCCAUUUGAAGAGUCAGAGAAUAACCCACCUUCACUCGUUGGCCCUCCUAAACAUCUGCUCCUCCUCAGAGUAUUAUGUUAAAAAGCGAGUGCUGCUUCUUCUAAAGAGAGCAAUCCUUCAGAAGGCUGGAGAGGACUGGAUUUCAGGGGAUGUGGCGUCAUGGAUGACAUGUGGAAACUGGAGCUCUGAUAUGAGCAUUCUUGCUCGAACUGUGUUAAAAGCAGCUUCUGACAAUUGGUUACUGAGUAUUCAAAUGCAGUCUGGCGCUUUCUUUGGAGGAACCAGGCACAUUCUGGGAGAUCAAAUUCAGAACUGGGAUUGCGUGAUGCUGAGAGCUGUCAGCCUGAUUAUUCUCAAGUCCAUAGAGCUUUGCAUCCAAACAGCUGCAGGAUCAGAAGUGAAGAGUGCAACAGAGGUUUAUGCAUACCUGCAGAGUCUGUGGGGCUUCCUGAGACGGUACAGUUUCAAACAGAGAGAGGUCACUCAUCUCUGCUGCUGGAUCAGCAUGCUGUUUGGAGACCAGGAUGAUGACAUGAUGGAGGCAGCCAAAGCUCUGCUCUACAUAUUUCUUCAUUACAGACUGGUUUCUGGGGUGGAUGAACUUGCAGUGUUGGAGACGGCCUGUGCAUCUGGCUUCAACCCUCACUGUCACUUUGUGCUUCUGCUUCAGAGCAUGUCCUUUGACUAUAGCAUCCUCCUUGACUUUCUGAUCUCAGCUGAAACCUGCUUUCUGGAGUACUUUGUGCAGUACUUGAAAUGCCUCCGAGAUGAUUGGCAGGGCUUCGCUGCAGCAUGUGAAGGUAUCACUGUGUCAGACUGUCGUCUUUCACAACAGAAGAAGUGUGGAGCCGAUACGUCAACAUUGAAAUGUAAAGGAGAGCCAGAUAAAGUAGAAUCUGGCUCCUGUGUCCAGCCCACAGAUGUUAUUCCACCAGUUGCAAGGUUUGGUAUGGCUUCAGAGCUUCGCCUUGUAGAGUAUGAUACUUCUGAUGAGUCUGAUCCUGAGAAUACAGUGGAAUCUGUCUGUGCCUUGAAUGGGAAACAAUAUAAGUCAACAGCUUUACUGAGUACAAGACUGGAAGGGUUAUUACAGCCAGUGUUGCAGAGUGAAAAAGCAUCACGCGCAAACAUGGCAUCUCUGUCAUGGCAGCUUACUGGUGAAAUAUCAGUCAGAGCAGUCCAUUGUUUGUCACGGCUUAGAGAGGUGGUAAUGAGACUGCACACAAAGAACCUCUUCCCAUAUAACCCUUCUUCACUCUUAAAGCUCGUAGCACAAGUAGAGAGCUGUUACCAGAAAUCACACCUGUCACAAUGCAAUAAAUAAUAAGGAUCACUAAUUUCAAUAAUUUUGUUUGCUGAUGUGGUGCAUACUGCAUAUGUUAAUGAAUUUUCUAUACUUUGUUUUUAUGAAAAGUAAAUAAAACCCCUUGCCACAGGAUGACCUAAAA